AGCUCACACGAGACUUCCGCCCUAGCUCGCGGUAAUCAAAACAUGGUGAACUGCAUCAAUUAGCCAAAAGUGUUUAUGUCAGUGUGAUCUAAAAGGGUAUCACAUACAUUAGUUUGAUACAGGCAACGACAUUUAUAGUUGACCAUUUACCCGAUUGGAAAGUAAAGAGAGGGGAAAGGCACACUGCCCACAGUUUCACGUGGAUAAAGGGUGAAGGAGACGCGCCAUCACCAUGGGGCGACGUUCGACCUCCUCCACCAAGAGUGGGAAGUUCAUGAACCCCACCGACCAGGCCAGGAAGGAGGCCAGGAAACGGGAGCUGAAGAAGAACAAGAAGCAGAGGAUGAUGGUGAGAACAGCUGUACUGAAGAUGAAGGACCCCAGACAGAUCAUCAAAGACAUGGAGAAGCUGGAUGAAAUGGAGUUCAACCCUGUGCAGCAGCCACUGCUGAAUGAGAAGGUGUUGAGGGACAAGAGGAAGAAGCUACGGGAGACGUUUGAGCGCAUCGUACGUUUGUACGAAAGAGAGAACCCAGACACUUACAAGGAGCUACGCAAACUGGAGCUGGACUAUGAGAGCAAUCGCGGCAAGCUGUCACUCUACUUCGACUCAGUCAAGAAUGCUGAACUGGUGGAGGUGGAUAGCAUCCCACUCCCAGAGAUGCCCCACGCCCCUUCCAGCAUCCUGAUCCAGGACAUCCCCCUGCCUGGGGCCCAGCCUCCCUCCAUCCUGAAGAAGGGCUCCUCAUUUAGUAAGGGGAUCAGUGCCUCCAUGUCUGCAGCGGUGGCAGGCGUCCCUCGGUUACCCCCUGGUAGGAAACCCCCAGGUCCCCCACCUGGUCCCCCACCGUCUCAGGUCCUCGCACUGUACGCCUCACGUAGGGCCCAGUUUGCAGCAGAUGCAGAUCUGUCCAACCAGGCCUCUGACAUGGAGAAAGCCCUGGACACUAUGCUGAUGGGAGGAGAGAGGGACAGUGGGAGCGAGAGCGAUGGAGAGGAUGGCGAGGAAGACGACAGCGACUCUGAAGAGGACAGUGAAGGAGAUAGGGAUGAAGGAGGCGAGUUUGACAAGAGGAUGAUGGUGGACCGGAAGGAGGACGAUAGAGAGAAGGGCAGAGAGGAGGACAGAGGGGACAGACAUGCAGGACGCAGUGUGCGGUUUGCAGACAUGCCCCCCUCAGCCCCCAGGGAGAAGAGCAAGAAGAAGAGGAUUGUGAAGAAGAAAAAGGCCAUCACUCCACUACAGGCUAUGAUGCUUAGGAUGGCAGGGCAGUCCAUCCCUGAAGACGAAGAGGAGGAAGAGGAAGUUGAGGAGGAGUACACUGACUCUGACGACUCAGACAUCGAGGAUAGGGGACCACCAGGUGACAACCAAUCUCAUCUUAUACCCAAUCAGCGUAUGCCUCCACCCUCUGGACCAAUGGGAGGACAGCAACCACCUCUACACAUGCAGGGUCCACCAGGGACAGGGCCUCCACCGUUGGGACCACCCCCAGCUCCUCCAAUGAGGCCUCCUGGUCCGCCCUCUGGCCUGCCUCCCGGCCCUCCACCCGGUGCUCCCCCGUUUUUGAGGCCGCCUGGUAUGCUAGGUGGUCCAAGGGGACCGAUGCCCCGGUUACUGCCCCCUGGACCCCCACCAGGUCGUCCCCCUGGCCCUCCCCCAGGCCCCCCUCCAGGCCUCCCUCCUGGUCCUCCACCCCGGGGACCCCCACCCAGACUGCCUCCCCCAGCUCCCCCAGGCAUCCCCCCUCCACCACGAUCUGGCCCCCCACGCCAACUCGCCCCUCCCCUCUCUCUUUUUCCCCCGCCGCUUAACUCCAACGUACUCAGCGCUCCCCCCAGCAUUGUCCACCGCCAGAAACCCGGCUCCAACCCAGAUGGCUCCCAUAGCAACCCCAAUGCCUCCAUGCUGCCCCCUCCUUCCAUGCCUAUGUCCAUGCGCCCAGGGAUGCAGAUGCCCCCUCCCCCUGGGACAAGUGCCCCGCCGUCGGGCGCAAACCCCACCAGCCACCACCAUGCACCAACCAUCGAGAAGCGGGCCAACAUCACCUCUGUCUCAGCCGGAGGCAGCAAUCUGGCAACAGGCCAGGGGAGUGGCGGAGCCACCAUCUCAGCCAAACCCCAGAUCAUCAACCCCAAGACAGAGGUCACCCGCUUCGUGCCCACGGCGCUGAGGGUGCGCAGGGAUAAAGGGGCCAGGAGCGGAGGAGGGCCUAUGGAAAAGAGAGGAAGAAGAGAUGAAAGGGUGGGAGGCCAGAAGCAGCAGUCGAUGGCUGCCCCCAUGGGGUCGGCCAACCCUACUCAGAUGGGCCCAGUCUCUCAGCCCAACAUGAAGACCAAGGACCAGAUGUAUGAGGCCUUCAUGAGGGAGAUGGAAGGACUCCUCUGAGACUGACAGGGGCUGCGGGGUGAAAAGGGUGGGUGUGUUGAGAAGGAAUGAACAGUAGGGGUCAUGAAGAAAGUGUUAGUGAUACCAGCAAGCAGAUGCUGUUCAGAAACACAUUGGUUCCUCUAAAUGAAGCGGAAAGGCUUUGUUUUUCACAAUGAGACAAGAAUCUCCUCCCUACCAACUUACUGUACAUGGCUAUGAUAAUUUGGCUCAAUCUUUGUGAAAAAGCUAGUGUUUUUUAUGACUGUCAAAUGUUUAUUUUAUUGUUGAACUGAGAAACGUGAUCGAUUUCAAAGAAAGAAAGGGGGUGUUUGUAGGAAAAACCAAAUGAGUGUGUAUAUGCUUGUCUGAAAUGGUUAGACCUGCAACUAAAUAAAUACUUAAACUCAA